UUUUCAUUGGCACGGGGGUUUCAGUCAACAGAGGAUGAAGUUAAAACUCACUGCAUAAACGAUAACCUGCUUCAAGUCUCUCUAUCAGUAAGCAUCAGAAGCAAGGAAGGACUCCGCAAAACUCCUCGGCACUCAUGAUCAAAGAGUAGCCAACUCAGUCACGUCUGGGACUCACAAAGUUCUCCACAAUAAACGAGAAGAGAUGGCAAAGUAUGAGUGCGUUUGAUGCAAGCUGCUCUCAGUCUUUACAGCGAUAGUGGGAAGUAUGCUGAGACGGUGGCUGAAGUAUGGAAUACGACAAAAACAAAACAAGGCAUCAAUGAGUAUCCAGCACUCGUGAGUUAAAGCCCCAGUAGAAAAAGGCGAGAAGCUGACCUUCCUCGAGUGAAGACCCCCCUGAGUGCUGGGCGUAUUAAGCGAUAUUUGGUGUGUUGUUGGAGGAGGUGGAUAGUGAGCAGAGAGACAGAUAGUGUGAGGGUGAACCAGCUAAUUGCUAAGUCCGUCCCUCAUUACCAUAUCCAGUGUGUCCGCUGGACUUCAGCCAAUCCGCCUCACACGGGCACCAUUAAUCGCAAUGCAUUAUUCACUAUCAUAAUUAUAUACCGACAUGCGCAAUCCACACAACGGCAACGCCAGCUAAUUUCCGUAAUUUUGCAACUCGACUAUUUGUGAACAUUUUUUUCAUUCGCUCCUCGCUGAUGUAUCUGCAAAAAGCAGAAACAAGUCGCAGCGAACUAACAGCAUGUCCCGUCGCAAGCAAGCGAAGCCUCAGCAUCUCAAGUCGGACGAGGACCCUUCAGUUGUUGGGGUAAUAUCCGAAAAUGUCCCAGGUGAAGUCCUGGAGGAUGCCGACAGUGGGAACGAGAGCCGGAGCGGCAGCGAGGAGACCCAUGUGUGCGAGAAAUGCUGCGCCGAGUUCUUCAAAUGGUCCGACUUCUGCGAGCACUUGACAACGUGCACCAAGAACCCUCUGGUGCUGAUUGUGAAUGAGAACGAGGCCACCCCGGACCCCUCCCUGGAGUACCCUGGGGAGCCCUCGCCUGUCCCCAGCUGCCCCAGCGACCCUGCAGACAGCGAGGAGGCCGGGGAGGGCAGCCAGACCCCAGCCGAGGGGGACGAUGGGGCGGAGAUGAUGCUGGAGAGGGGAACGGCCCCAAUGGAGAAAGACGACGAGCCCAUGGAGGUGGAGAUGUCCCCAGAGAAGCCCGCGGUGGACUCAGAGGACCAGGACGCUUCAGCCGAGCCCGACGCCCCCCUACCUCAGAUCGAUGACGCUGUCCAGCCCUCGGGGACUGGAAGCUAUGGCAUGCCCAGCACAAAUGUCACCCUGGAGACACUGCAGAGCACCCGUGUGGCCGUGGCCCAGUUCUCGCAGAGCUUCAGAGGAGGGGCUUUGGCGGGAGGCGUCUCCACCAUGGCCAUCCCCAUGAUCCUGGACCAGUUGAUGGCUCUGCAGCAGCAGCAGAUCCACCAGCUCCAGCUCAUCGAACAGAUCCGGAACCAGGUGGCACUGAUGCACAGGCAGCCCUCCAGUCAGCCAGCCCUGGGCCACCACGCCCCUCACCAUAGCGCCGGCUCCGCCUCCCAGGGAGUUGCCUCCUCCUCCUCCUCCUCCUCCUCCUGCAUUCCAGCGCUGCCUAGUCAGCUGCAGCUCCAUAACUUCAUAACACCUCCGGUGCACCAGCUGCCAGUCAGAGUCCCAGCAACGCUGAACGGCCAGGGCCCUGCAUCGCUAACAUCCACUCUCGAGGGUCCCCUGAGCCAUGCCGCCCAGGCAGGAGGACCGCUGGCCAGUGCUGGGCUGUCCAACAGCACGUCCACCAUCUCCUCGUUUCCUCCAUCGAGCAGCAAUGUGGUGUCUUCUUUACUGCCACCAAGCACAAUUUGUAACACAAGCAGCAUCAGCAGCAGCAGUGCUGCAGCAUUAGGUGGUAUUAGCAGCAGUGUCGCCCUACCAAGGAAUUCCUCUAGUCCCCCAACCUUGGGCCACAGCAGCCUCUUGAGUUCAUCCUCCAGUCUCUCAAACAUGCCUCUGAUACCUCACAGCUCCUCAAGUAGCGUAAUAUUCCCCAACCCACUCGCUAGCAUCGCAGCCACGGCCAAUGCGCUUGAUCCCCUGUCGGCUAUGAUGAAGCAUCGUAAGGGCAAGCCGCCGAACGUGUCUGUGUUUGACACCAAGCCUAGCUCUGAUGACCCCUUCUUCAAACACAAGUGUAGGUUCUGCGCCAAGGUCUUUGGCAGUGACAGCGCUCUUCAAAUUCACCUGCGCUCACACACUGGUGAAAGGCCAUUCAAGUGCAACAUAUGCGGCAACCGCUUCUCGACAAAGGGCAACCUCAAGGUUCACUUCCAGAGGCAUAAAGAAAAAUAUCCCCACAUUCAAAUGAACCCGUAUCCAGUUCCAGAGUACCUGGACAACGUGCCCACCAGCUCAGGCAUCCCAUAUGGCAUGUCGCUUCCUCCAGAGAAACCAGUCACCACCUGGCUGGACAGCAAGCCUGUCCUUCCCACAUUGCCAACAUCUGUUGGCCUCCAGCUCCCACCAACCCUCCCUAGCAUGAUGGGAGGCUACGGUGAUUCCCCAAGUCUUACCCCUUUAAGCAGAUCACCUCAAAGGCCAUCUCCACCGUCCAGUGAGUGUGCUUCUCUGUCUCCUACUCUGCUCAAUUCUGAGGCCAGUAUGUCCCGUACUUCUGAGUCACCUCGGCCCCACAACACUGCCGGGAUCGACGCACCUCCUGUUCUGAAACCAGAGGGAGUUCAUCUGCCGCCCAACUGCACCACAAGGCCAGGGGAGACCACUAACACCAACACAACCUCUGUGACCCAGGUCGCGAUCUCAGCAACCGUCACGAUGACCACAGCCACCACUCAGAACACCAACCCCACAACUCCUCCCUCCUCGACCUCCCACCCUUCUCUCCCCAUGAUGUCCGACCAGUUCAAGGCCAAGUUUCCUUUCGGGGGGCUCCUGGACUCUAUGCAAACCUCAGAAACCUCAAAGCUGCAGCAGCUAGUGGAGAACAUUGACAAGAAGAUGACGGAUCCCAACCAGUGUGUCAUCUGCCACCGUGUGCUCAGUUGCCAGAGUGCCCUGAAGAUGCACUACCGCAUCCAUACUGGAGAGAGACCUUUCAAGUGCAAGAUCUGUGGCCGCGCGUUCACCACCAAGGGUAACCUGAAAACACACUUUGGGGUUCACAGAUCCAAACCCCCGCUUCGUGUCCAGCACUCUUGCCCCAUCUGCCAGAAAAAGUUCACUAACGCCGUUGUGCUUCAGCAGCACAUCCGAAUGCACAUGGGAGGACACAUUUCAAACACUCCCCUACCAGAGGGAUUUCAGGACAUGGACACCGAUCUGUCAUUUGAUGAGAAGAGCCUUGAUUGCAUGAGCAAUUAUGACGACGAUCUCCUUGAUGAAAUGGAGCAGGCUAUGGAAGAUGAGGCCGAUCUGAAAGAUGGGGAAAUUGAUCCAACUAAACCCCUCAUGCACCCGUCAGAGAUGUCUCCAGGAAGCUCUCCCCCGACCUCUGUCAUCUCCAGCAUUGCCGCCUUGGAGAACCAGAUGAAGAUGAUCGACUCCACUGUAAACAUGACUCGUUCUUUUGGACAGAGACAGAUGGAGAACGGGAUCGGUAUCGGCUUCGGGGGCGACAACGACUGCUUCAACCACGACUCAUUUUCGGCUGGAGGCGACCUCGAAAACCACAGUGUGGGGAGUCCAGCCUUGUCCGAGUCGUCUGGCUCCAUGCAAGCCCUCUCGCCGACUCACAGCCAAUCCGAGAGUCACCGUUCCAAGUCCCCAGGCACAACAAACAACACUGGUGCUCCAGCGGAGGAGGGUCAGGGACAGGGGCAGGGGCAGGAGAGUGGGGCUGCCACUGCCACAGUGAAAUCUGAAAAAUCUGAAACACCUUCCCCAGCUUCUGCAGCAGAGAACAAUGGAGCCCUGGACCUAACGGCAACGCAGCCUGGAAGGCACUUUAUCAAAGAGGAACAUCAAUUCAGCAUGCUCUUCUUGGGCAGAGACCGAGGUUUUGGCGGUCCCGGCAUGAGCACUGCACCCAACAUGAUCAAACUGGAGAUGAACGGCCACAGCAAACCAUCCUCACUAAGCGAAGGUCACCACAUGCCCUUGGGCAUCCAGGUGCCCGCCGCUGCACCCCAGACAGUGAUGAGCUCCAACCUCACGCCCAUGCUGGCUCCACCUCCACCCCGUCGCACCCCCAAGCAGCACAACUGCCAUUCUUGUGGGAAGAAUUUCUCGUCGGCCAGCGCUUUGCAGAUCCACGAGCGCACUCACACUGGAGAGAAGCCCUUUGUGUGCUCCAUCUGUGGAAGGGCAUUCACCACCAAGGGAAACUUGAAGGUCCAUAUGGGCACACAUAUGUGGAACAAUGCCCCCGCCAGGAGAGGGCGUCGUCUUUCGGUAGAAAACCCCAUGGCCCUUUUGGGUGGUGACGCCAUGAAGUUCAGUGAAAUGUUCCAGAAGGAUCUGGCAGCACGGGCCAUGAAUGUGGACCCAGGAUUUUGGAACCAGUACGCGGCUGCCAUCAGCAACGGCCUGGCCAUGAAGAACAAUGAGAUCUCUGUCAUCCAGAAUGGAGGUAUCCCUCAACUGCCUGUCAGUUUAGGUGGUGGUGGUAUCCCCUCACUGGGGGGCAUGUCAGGGGGCAUGUCGGGAGGCAUGGACCGGGCACAUACCGGCAGUAGCCCCCCUAUGACUGGCCUAGAGAAAGCCAGCCUGGAGGUCGGAGCUGGACGGCCCUUUUCAAGAUUUAUUGAGGACAGUAAAGAGAUUGGGAUCAAUUAAUGAAAGACUUUAAGGCAGGAAAAAAAAACACAAGCAGAAAGACUGAGACUGUCUCAAAAUGUGGAAAAGUAACUGUUAAUCCAGUUUAAUCCAGUUUGAUUAUGUACUAUAUUAUGUACAGAUGACCUUUUUCUGUUUGGUUUUUGGAACAAUAGUAUUCAGUAUUGAUUAGAGGUAUUUACCUUUUCCCCCAUUCCUCCUAAUUCACUCAUAUGAAGAAACUUUGUCUCUUGUUUGAGAAUCUGUUGUCUUGCAAGAUUUGCAUGGUACUUAUUUGGUUCCUAUCAGUAUGUUUGACUGCUUUUAAGGAUUAUUUUCCCAAAAAAAGUUACAAAAAAAGAUAAUAUUGAUAAUAAUCUUAAUAUUGAGGAUGAUGAUGAAGAAGAAGAUGAUUAUGAUGAUCAUGCUAUGCUGACUCAGUUGAUAUGAGCAAGUUUUGGAAGCGGUGAACACUGAGAUCUACUAGACUGACCUAAUUGUGCAUAGAAUGUCUGACUCUGAGCAUCCAGUUCCUUAAUGAUAUUUGUUUUGAGACACAAGGGAGUGAAACAGGUGAAAUUGAAGUGACUUUGUUUUAGUGCUCGCCUAAUACUUUUUUUCUCAUGAAGUAGAAACUUGAAAAAAAAGUUUGAACUAUUUUAAUCUUUACAUUUAGUCUCUUGGCAUUGUCUUAUAUUAAUGUCCAGUGUCUUUAGUAUUUAUAUUGACAAAAAAGCGGGUAUAAGAAAAUAUAUUUAAUGCCCCCUCCCCAUCACCCCCAUUUUAUUGGUCCUUUUUUCUAAACUUCAGACUUCUAUUAUGGAUAUAUCUUUCAAUAAAGGUAAAAUGGCAGUUCAUUUGACCAAUAAACACACAUUGUGAAGUUUUAUUUGGAUAUCUAGCAUAGAUAUGUGUAAGAGGCCAGGUACACAGAGAGGAAACUGAGAUAUCUAAAGCUGCUAGUUCCCACAAAACCUGCUUUUAACCUUUGUAAAAAAGAAAAGAAGAAGAAAAAAGACUAUCCUCAGAUAUUAUUGUGUAUAAAAAUAACUAGUAUGCAUAUUUUGUAAGACAUGAUAAAAAAAAAAGGACAUCUGAAGUCGAGCAUAUUUGUCAUGAUCGUGAAUGCACUUUUUAGCGGAAAAAAAGGUUUUUGUCUGUACGAUUCCAUUAAUGUUUUUUGAUUGAGCUAUCACUCGUUGUUUUUAUUGUGUUCUGUGCAGAGUCCCUCUGGACUUUGAGCCGUGGUCAGCGUCAUGAUGAUACCUUUGCUCACCAUCAGGCUCUGGGUCUCAGUCGCUCCAUCAAAUCCUAUUCAAAUAAAAUGAAAG